AUGAGUGGAAAAAUGUUUGCAUUUGUGUGUUCCGUGCUUCUCUUCGUCAUUUCGUUAUCGAAAUCGCAGCAAAAUUCCACCAACGAGGAUGAUAAUUUGACGAUACGAUACGAGAUAAAUACGGGUUCUACAACAAAUUUUGACGACGAAAUAAUAACUCUGCGACAUGAUUUGUAUAAAAAUUUGAUGAACAAUACACAAAAUGACGAAAUGCAGCAUGAAUUUCAUAUGAAUAAUAAACGCGAGGAUAAUGAUUUCAUUCAACAUAAACGUUACAAGCAUUCAAUGCAGAAUAAAGAUGAUGAGCAAAAAUCGAUGAAAUCUAACACAAAUUCGACAUAUGUCAAUCAUAAAAGAAAUUUCACGGCUGAGCAAGUUCAUGAAAAUGUAAUUGAAAAGAAUGAUUCCAUGUCAUUUGAAGUCUUCAAAAAUUCCAGCAAAGAUGCUAAUAAAACUAUCAUCGUUCCAAACGAAAUGUGUCAUAAUGAUACUUGCAUUCGGCUCUGCUGUUCUCUUGGCGAUCGUCUGGUUAAUGGCAACUGCAUUCCUGAAGGAAUUGAAUACAUUUUUCCAAACGUAUACACGAACGAUUCGACGCAGAGCGAAAAAAGAGUGAACGUAUUGUUUGAGCUAGCCAUUUAUGAUUCGUGUCAGGAAGGUCACGUUCUGCAUUCCAAAGAUAUCCAUGAUUAUAAGAUUUUCAUUAACGGUUCUAUAUAUUUAACUUUUGAUAAAAUAUUUGUUGAAUCGACAUCAUAUUGUCUCGCCGUCGUCGACGGGAAUGAGUUCGAAGUAACCAUCUGUUCCAAAACUUAUGACAAGUUCAAGAAGAUAACCACUAAUAAUGAAACUAAUAAGAUCAUGAAUACUAUUACAAACGAAGAUAUUAUAGAAAUGAGUGCCGAUAUAGUAUCUAUAUUACUUUUGGGGUCAGUAUUUCUGGUGUAUUCCAUAUUGCCAGAACUCCGAAAUAAACACGAUUUUAUGUUGCGCAAUUAUAGCGGUGCCCUGACUGUUGCAUACGGAAUUGACUUUGUAAAUAUAAUGAUCAAAUCGGAUGAUAUACAGUAUGUUGUCUGCGUUAUAAUAGGUAGAAUAUAUAUGUAA